ACAGGACAGCAUUCCCAAAAAAAUUUCAAGACAGACAACGCGAGGCAGGCGAGGCACACGGCAACACCGUGGAUGUUGCCUGAGCAAACAACUGGAACCAGGUCAGAGAGUUAAGCUGGACGCUGUGGACCCUCUGUGUGACCGACCUAAGGUGGACAGCCUAGCAAGGACUUCGUGUACAUGACAGACAAACAUGACGUCAGAGAGAAGAACAGACAACCUGAUGAGCCACAGGAGAGGAACAAUGUGAUUUUUCAUCCCGCCACAUUAUUCUUUCUGAGGAGCUUUCUUAAACUUAACAGGGUUUGCUUUUAAGUCCAGGUGUUCCACCAAAUCUCUGGAGAGCUGGUUUGCAGCGUUCCCUGACUGGGGAUACAAACAGGGAUGGAAAGUGAGGAAACACAGACCAACGAAGGUGGAGUCAGUAGCAAAGAGAGCGACGGAGAGAAAGAUAAACAUCUGAAGAACCAGCUCAACAGUGAGGAGAAAGGAGAGAAGGAGAUUCAAGGGAAUGAGAAAGAGAAGAAGAAAGACAGGCGGCGUUCAGGGUCUCUGUGGAGGAGUGGAUGGGCCUUGAGUGAAAGACUGGCCAUUAAUGUCUCAGGGAUGCGUUAUGAGACUCAGCUUCGCACCUUAGCUCAGUUCCCUGACUCCAUGCUCGGAGACCCGAGGCGCAGGUCACGAUACUUCGACCCCCUUCGAAACGAGCUGUUCCUGGACCGCAAUCGGGCCUGCUUUGAUGCCAUUCUGUACUUUUACCAGUCAGGCGGGAGGCUCCGGAGGCCUGCCAACAUACCCCUGGACAUCUUCAUGGAUGAGCUGGUUUUCUAUGAGCUCGGAGAGGACGUCAUGAAUCGCUUCAAGGAGGACGAAGGUUUUCCAAAAGAGGAAGUGAGGCCCCUGCCAACCGGCGAGGUCCAGAGGAAAGUGUGGAUGCUGUUCGAGCACCCCGAGUCGUCAUCGGGUGCACGCAUCAUAGCCAUCAUCAGCGUGAUGGUAAUUGUGGUGUCCAUCCUCAUCUUCUGCCUGGAGACGCUGCCCGACCUCAGGCAUGACAAAGAGGAGUACCACUUGCCGACGAAGAAUGCAUCUGAGAACAGGCCUUCUUCUCCAAGUGUUUUCCAGGACCCCUUCUUCAUUGUGGAGACCAUGUGUAUAUGUUGGUUCUCUUUUGAGCUCAUCAUGCGCCUCUCUUGCUGCCCCAGCAAGAUGCACUUCUUCAAAGAUGUCAUGAACAUCAUUGAUUUCAGCGCCAUCCUCCCUUACUUUGUCACUCUGGGAACAGAGCUGGCCAAGGACAACGAUGCCUCACCCGCCACAUCCUUGGCUAUCAUCAGAGUCAUCAGGCUGGUGAGGGUCUUCAGGAUCUUCAAGCUCUCUCGGCACUCGAAGGGCCUCCAGAUCCUUGGCCAGACGCUGAGGGCAAGCAUGCGUGAGCUUGGCCUGCUUAUCUUCUUCCUGUUUAUUGGCGUCAUCCUCUUCUCCAGUGCUGUCUACUUUGCUGAAGCUGACCACAACAAAACGGUCUUUGUCAGUAUACCGCAUGGCUUCUGGUGGGCGGUUGUCACUAUGACCACAGUGGGCUACGGUGACAUGUACCCCGCAACAGUGUGGGGCAAGAUGGUGGGCUCCAUGUGCGCCAUCGCUGGUGUUCUUACAAUAUCGCUGCCUGUGCCUGUCAUAGUGUCCAACUUCAGUUACUUCUACCACCGGGAGAAUGAAUGUGAGAGUCAGUCUGAGUACACUCAUGUCCAGACAACUCUGUGGGAGGACGAGGAGCCUGAGGAUGAGGAAACAGAAGAACGGGACCAGGAUCUAGAGGGUGACUACUAUGCCGUUGAAGGCAUAUGCAGCCCACUAAAUGGGACUUUGCUCGGUGGACUGUGUUCAGGACAAAGCAUAGAGUACAGAGGAGGGAAUAUGUAUCUGAGGGAGCCGCUUGUUACUCAAGUUUAAGGAGGGUCGGUGUGUCUUUCAUCACCAAGGUAGGAAAUGAAUGAGAAAAACACAUGGAUUCAAGUACAGGUUUUGAGGUCCUGAAGAGAACUAGAAAACCAGCAAUUAGCAAUUUGUGUGAUACAACCAAUCUAACAUACCUCCUGACAAUCUUAUUUUGUUUAUUUAUAGGUAUUUAUUGCAGUGAAAGCCAGUCAAGUGUCACUGAAAUGCAACUUUUGUAUACCACACUCUCAUCAAAACAGCAUUUUUACAUUCUCAGGGUCAUGAAAUAAAUAUAUGAGCUAUUAUUUA